AUGGCACAAUUGCCUCCAAAAAUCCCAAACAUGUCAUUAAGUUGGCAUGAAUUUCCACACCAAAAAGUGCCUUCAAUGGGGAGUUUAACACCAGAUCUCUCUACGACUAAUAUUAAUACGACCCGCACCACCACCUCUUCCUCCCAUAACCCUUCUUGGGUCGAUGAGUUUCUUGACUUCUCGGCAGCUAGACGGGGUUCCCACCGAAGAUCCAUAAGCGACUCCAUAACCUUCCUCGAGGCGCCAACCCUAGAGGAAUGUCGUGAGUCGGGUGCUCCACCGGAGCAUGGUACUACUAACAAUGAAUUUGAUAGGUUUGAUGAUGAACAAUUCAUGUCCAUGUUCACUGAAGAAACAUCUACAGCCCUAGCCCCUACUGUGUCAUCCUCGAACCCCUCCUCGCCGUCCGAUCAUAACAGCAUUAACGAUGAAAAAGAAAUACAUGAACAAGAACCGAAGCAGCAGCAGCAGCUAAAGAAUAUUGAAUCUGAGGAGGAAGAAAGCCAAUGCAAUUCAGGGAUACAAACUCCCCCUAACGCCAUUGCUAGCGGGUCCAAUGAUAAGAUAACUGACCCCAAGAGGGUCAAGAGAAUCCUAGCAAACAGACAAUCUGCUCAAAGAUCAAGGGUGAGGAAGCUACAAUACAUAUCAGAGCUUGAACGUAGUGUCAACUCAUUACAAGCCGAGGUUUCAGUGCUGUCACCACGGGUUGCUUUUUUAGACCAUCAGCGUUUGCUUCUAAAUGUUGAUAACAGUGCACUUAAGCAAAGAAUCGCCGCCCUUGCGCAAGAUAAGAUUUUCAAAGAUGCUCAUCAAGAAGCACUAAAGAGGGAAAUUGAGAGACUGAGGCAAGUGUAUCACCAGCAAAACCUCAAGAAGAUGGAAAAUGUUGCACCAUCAUCUCAACCUCAAUCUGAUGCCAAGCCUUCGAUCGAGAAAGAGCACCUCCUCAAUGUUUAACCUUAGACUACAUUUAAAAU